CUUUGAUAGUGGGUGAUAAAGAACACAAAGUUGAAAUCCUCCAUAUACGAACGAACGACUUUUCCUUAACUCCUUAAACCUGGGCCUUCGCUGAGAUGGCCCCCAAACCUACCAAUGAUGGCUCUCUGCCAAAAGCCCAUGGCAUCACGUACGAUGAGUCCGAGAUGGCACUUUUCCACGCUAAGCUUUCUUAUCAUUCCACCAUCGAUGAACGUAUGGCCACCAAAGACUCCAAUCUAGCAUCGAUAUCUGAACAUCAAGCUCGAAUCCUGAAACGCUGGGAAACGCUCAAGCAAGCCGAAAAAGAGCUCGCAGAAAAUGGAAAGAGCAUGUCAGCGGCUGAGAAGAAGCAACUUGCGCAAUAUGAAUGGAGGUAUAAGAGACUGGAACAGCUGGCAACAAAAAAGAGCGGAGAAGAGUUGAUGGAGGAUACGGUAUGCACAAAGAUCGUCAAAUCAAGGUGCGUAAACCCGUAAUAGAUCAGUUCAUACGUUUCAAGAUUCCUAAUAACCGUGACACAGACCUUGAUAUUUCGUGUAAAGGUGGUUUAAAACAUAUAUCCGAUGUUGCUACUCGGGAGGGUCGAAUGUCCAGGGAGGCGCAUGUACG